CAGGCUUCACUCUGCUCUGGGAAGCUCAUGAGGGACAGAUCUUCCCCAAAUUCCUGCAGGAUCCGGGAGCUGGGACUCGUCAGCAGCACCAACAAUGGAAACAGUCCCUGCAGAUUUUGGCAAACGGGUGUACCAAGGAGUGCGAGUGAAACACACGGUCAAGGAUCUCCUGGCUGAGAAGCGAUCCCGGCAGAGCAGCGGCUCCCGCUUCAGCGGCAGCACCAGCACAGCACAGUCGCCCUUUGGCCAAAUGCCAGGCUCACCCACCACGGCUGGUUACUACGGCGUCCGCAGAUCCUUCCCAGCCGAGCUGGAUUUCCACAGCACCAAGCAGUUUGUCAGUGAUGUCUACUCGUCCCCUCUGGGCUCCAAGCCCUUCUCCUGCGACUCCUCUGCCCCCCAGGGCUACCCAGCCCUCCUGGAGCCUUACCUGAGCGAGCAGUUCGGGGAUCACCGUGCUCCUCCUCUCCCAGCUGCCACCAGCUCCUUCUUCAACGCUCCGGCCGUGCCCCCUCUCCUGCCAUCCUUCCCCAGUGACACGGGCCACCUCCUGCUCAGAGAGCCCUGGGAGCAGACCUCAGCCGAGAGCCUCAGCCAGUGUGACACUGCAUGCCCAGACCCUCUGCAGGCGCUCCCUGCCAGCUCCAGCUGCCUCUCCCUGCCUGAAUCCGGAGGUGUUUCCCCGUUCCGAGGCUCGGGUUGGAGCCCAGCCAUCCCUGGAGCCCAGCCCUACCCUCUGCACCCCCUAGAAGAUGUCCACUACUCCCCCAGCUACGCUGCCACCUCGCCCUACAGCUUGUCCCCGUUCAUGGCCGUGGCCAGUGAGCCCUCCAGGAUGAGCCACCAGUGCCUGGAGCAGCCCUUGGAGCCACCACACCUUCCUGACCACUCUGCCUGGGCUAAAGAGGAUGGAAGUGCCCUCUGGGGGACUUAUGAAGGCAGGAGAACUUAUUGAGGAAAGAGAAGCAGAUCAUUAUCGAAGCAAAUUUCACACUCCGUCCUAAAACUGCUCCUUCAAACGUGAUGCUCUGUGAUUUACUUAGAAAUACAAUCAUUGGACACACCA